UGUCCUGCUGUCUGUAGGUCUACAUACCGCUGUUUAUAAUUUUCUGACAAAGGGGGAGGUGGGGGUAGGGUCACGGACAGCUGACGCACCGGCGCGCAGCGCUGCGUGCUUCGGGGGCGCAUCUUUAUUCCGGCUUCAGGAGGAAAGGUGCGCACAGUGUCUGUCCCAUCCUCGGAAAUAGUUCGUCCAUUCGACUCAUCUGAUUUCAGUGACUUUUACCACUUUCACUUCUGUCUUAUUUUGUACAUUACAGCUUCCUGCGGCGUCAGUGACUUUAAACUCGCUGCGCAACAGCUGAGGAGAAAAGGUGAAUUUAAUGCUUAUAUACAAGACUGUUAAAAAAAAACAAAAAACAGACAUCUGAGGCGGAGGACUCACCCAGCUCACUCAGUGCACGUACAAUCUCCGACGCCAGUGAAGAUAAUGGAUCUACAGAGAGAAAUUCUGCACGGCAUUAUCACACUAACAGAUCACUGAUGGAGUUUAAGACCACUUUUCCUCCAUGGGAAGUUUUUUUCGUUCCCCAGUGAUGGACGGAGGACAGUCAUCAAGGACUUUCACACCUGAUUGUGCAGCCUUUGCCAAUACAUGAAAGGCAGAAACAUGUUUUGUCUGAUGAGAUCUGGAGGCGUAUCAGACAGCAGCAGGGCUAUGGGGAUCAGACAUGGGACAAGAAUACAACAUCACUCCAAACCCAUCUCUAAGAUAUACUUCAUUUUUAUUCUGCUUCUGCUCAUUUUCACACCGAGAGUGGAUUCAUCGUGGUGGUACAUCGGAGCACUGGGAGCAAGGGUGAUCUGUGACAACAUUCCCGGCCUGGUGAACAAGCAGCGGCAGCUCUGCCAGCGACAUCCGGACCUGAUGCAGUCCAUCGGAGAGGGAGCCAAAGAGUGGAUCAAAGAGUGCCAGCACCAGUUCAGACAUCACCGCUGGAACUGCAGCACGCUGGACCGGGACCACACUGUGUUUGGCAGGGUGAUGCUGCGAAGCAGCCGAGAGGCAGCGUUCGUGUACGCAAUUUCCUCAGCAGGAGUGGUCUACGCCAUAACCAGGGCUUGCAGUCAGGGGGAGCUUAAGAUCUGUAACUGCGACAGCCACAAGCGGGGGCGAGCUAGCGACGAUAGGGGCAAUUUUGACUGGGGCGGAUGCAGUGACAACAUCAACUACGGCAUAAAGUUUGCCAAGGCCUUCGUAGAUGCUCGGGAGAGGAUGGUGAAAGAUGCCCGGGCGUUGAUGAACCUGCACAACAACCGGUGUGGUCGGAUGGCAGUGAAGCGCUUUAUGAAGCUGGAGUGCAAGUGUCACGGGGUCAGUGGCUCCUGUUCUCUGAGAACCUGCUGGCUGGCUAUGUCUGACUUCAGGCGAACUGGAGACUACCUACGCAAGAAGUACAACACAGCCAUCGAGGUGACCAUGAACCAGGACGGGACGGGUUUUAUGGUGGCUGACAAGGACUUCAAGGGAAGCACCAAGAAUGAGUUGGUAUACGUCGAGACCUCACCAGAUUACUGUCUCAUGGACCGUGCAGCAGGCUCCUUGGGCACAGCGGGCAGAGUGUGCAACAAGUCGUCGAGAGGCACAGACGGCUGUGAGGUCAUGUGCUGUGGGCGGGGCUACGACACCAUGCGAGUCAAACGCGUCACCAAGUGUGAGUGCAAAUUCAAGUGGUGCUGCGCCGUGGAGUGCAAAGACUGUGAGGACCUGGUGGACGUUCACACCUGCAAGCCCCACAAGCGACCUGACUGGCUGGACAUAACUUAAUGAGGAGACGUGACCAAUCACAGCCACCACUGACUCAUUAACCUCUGCGCUAAUGACUGCAUCUUAUUAUGAGAUAUAAAUCUCUUAAUGUUAUACCUCUGGCUUUCGAUCCUUUGACACUUCCUGAAGCAGAGACUUCACAGACUGUUAUUGGAUGAUGCUAAACUGGAAAUUAGGCCCAGUUACUGAUUGUGUGUUGCUUUACUAAGUGUUUCUAAGAACAAUUUGUUGAUCUUUUUUUUUUUUUUUUUUUUUUUAAACACAAACUUGGAAUCUUUGAUACAAAAUGGCUGAAUAUUAUAUUACUCUGUUGUAAAUGCACCCUUGGUUGAGGCAGAGAUAUGGGGUAAUGUCUGCUUAUUUGACAGUAUGUAAAGACUGUGAGAGCACAUGAUUCAGCUCCAACUUAUGAUCAUAAUAAUUGAAAUAUUUAGCCAGAAGAGAGAGAGAAAUAAAGAAAGAUGGAGAAAUCUUUGAGAUAUUGUACAAACACUGACACUGUAACAUUUAAAUGACAGGAAGCAUUGUAUGGUACUGCAACAAAUCAUUUAAAAUACAAAAGACUGUUCACUUCUAAUUAAUGCAACUCUUAACAAACUAACAAAAAUGUCUUUCUUGAUUAAGGCCAGAUAAUCGCACUGUGAAACAAAAGGAACCAGAAGCAGGAGAACAUCCAAAUAAUGUCAGUUUAAGUGGCAGCAUCCUGUAAUUUGCUGCGGUGUAGGAUUCUGAAAGGUUCUCGGGAGAAAAAGGACACACUAACAAGAAAAAUGAAUCUACUGUUAUCUGAAAAGAGUCACCGUUUUCACACAGCGUCCUGCAUAUUUGAAUAUCUGUGAAUGGUUUAACGCAUUCUGGUUGUGUUGCCUUAUGGAAAUUUUUCUAAUUUCUACCUCUGGUUCUUUUGUCUUUGUUUCAAUUUUUACUGACACCAUCAUGCAGCUGUUCAGACAGACAACAAUACCGCAUAAAACCACAGCUCCCAUUAGUCAUUUCAGUUAGGCCUUUGGGACAAAAAAAACGCUGAAUCCAGCUCAACUUUUGCCGUAAUGUCAUCCCACGAGCAUAUUCCAAUCAAAGACAUGAAAGCAUAUUCGAUGUAGAUUACUUUGUGAUGUGAAUGCCUCCCCAAAGUUGUAAGUUCCUGUGCCGUAGUAUGAACUGCAAUGCACUGAUUGGGCGUCUGAUAAGCCUGUCUCAAACCAGCCUUCUCAAAUCCUACAUACAACGCAACCACUUUUUUAAAAGAUUUUUUUUGAUAAUUAACUACAGUGUCACAAAGCAUGCAGCAUUGUAUGCUGAAACAUUAUCAUACAUCCUAAAUGAUGUGAACAGCAAGACCUGAAAGCUGACAAUUCUAAUUACUGUGUACAGGAAGAUAUUAAAACACAAUGUUUCUGAUUAUUAGAGUUCUGUGAGGUCCUGUGGCCAUUUUCAAAUCUGUCAUUACAUUCUUAUAUCCGAUUGUAUGUGAAGCUUUUCUCAUCACUUGGUCUUGGUUUCUUCUAUCAUCAUAUUGUGACAGAACACUUUUACAAUGCAAUCUUAUGCAACUGUGCUUUCAGUCCUUUGUGCACAUACUCACUGGCUCUGACUGGUUUGUGAGAGGUGAAGUAUUUCAUGAAACCGGGCCAAGACGUUGCAAAAAGAGCAGUGAAGUAGCCACGGACCCUGAAUUUGACUUUUCAGCAUCUGGUAAUGCAGCCAGACAUCAUGUUAGGCCAUUGGAGACACAACCCGCAGAGGGAUUUAUAGAUCUAAAUGAAUCUGACAACAAGCUGUGGAUGCUUAGAGUCAACAAAUUGUUUCAAGUCCACGUAAUGAGGAGGAGAGCCAAAGUAAAGUGCUUUGAACAAGGCCAAAUGACACGCCAUGUCAAACGUUCACAAGUCAAAUGUUAAUUGCAAACAAAAGAGCAUGUUUUGAAUGUAAAUGAAGAGUAUGUUGGCUGUGUUUUUCUUAAAGAUUAGAAAGGUGAGAGCUGUUCACACACAGUGGGGGCCGACCUGGGCCUGUGGUCCUUCAGCCUUCAAAAAUUCAUUUUUCUUCUCCCCAGUUCUUCUGAGUGUAAUGAAGCACAACACUGACGAUUCCAGUGCAAUGUGAAAUUUAAUAUUAAAUGCUAAAUCCACAUUGGAAACGACUGGGCCUGCACUGAUCUGUACUGUGGAUGUGGACAGGUUGAGGGUGAAAGUCAUAUGUACAUGAAAUCAGACAUAGGAUUAAAAGAUUUGAAUUUUCAGAUGUACUCUACUUACAUUUGAGCCAACAAAAAUAAUAUUUUUUACCAUCAUGGAUACCAUGAAUUUUUGACUGUUUCAUUAAGACUGAGGCUACAUUUUUGAGUCCAAGUCAAUCUUUAGGUCGGUCAGCGAUUGGUACAACAGUGUCCUGGUGUGUGUUACUGUCUAGGGAGGUAUUUUCACCUUGGAAAUGUAGGGACUAAAAUACCUUACUGGUUCUAUAUUAAACCUUGUUGAUCCACCCUG